AGCGUUGCAAGAUGUCGUCGUUGAAUGACAGAUCAGUUUGGGACGAGGUUGAGGAUGGAAUCGGAGAAGAAGUCCUCAAAAUGUCUACUGAAGAAAUAGUCCAACGGACCCGUCUGCUGGACAGUGAAAUUAAGAUCAUGAAGAGCGAAGUGUUGAGAGUCACUCAUGAGCUGCAGGCUAUGAAGGACAAGAUCAAGGAGAACACAGAGAAGAUCAAAGUGAAUAAGACUCUACCUUACCUGGUCUCCAAUGUCAUUGAGCUGCUGGACGUGGAUCCAAAUGACCAGGAGGAGGACGGAGCUAACAUCGACCUUGAUUCCCAGAGAAAGGGCAAAUGCGCCGUCAUCAAAACAUCCACGCGACAGACUUACUUUCUCCCAGUCAUUGGUCUGGUGGAUGCUGAGAAACUAAAGCCAGGAGACCUUGUCGGGGUGAAUAAAGAUUCCUACCUGAUCCUGGAGACGUUGCCGACAGAGUACGACUCCAGGGUCAAAGCCAUGGAGGUCGACGAACGUCCCACUGAGCAGUACAGCGACAUCGGCGGUCUGGACAAACAGAUCCAAGAGUUGGUGGAGGCCAUUGUUCUGCCCAUGAACCACAAGGAGAAGUUUGAGAAUUUGGGAAUCCAGCCCCCUAAAGGUGUGUUGAUGUACGGACCACCAGGGACAGGAAAAACACUGCUGGCCAGGGCCUGUGCUGCCCAAACCAAGGCUACCUUCCUCAAACUGGCCGGGCCUCAGCUGGUCCAGAUGUUUAUUGGCGACGGUGCUAAACUGGUCCGUGAUGCCUUCGCCCUGGCCAAAGAAAAGGCCCCGUCUAUCAUCUUCAUCGACGAGCUGGACGCCAUCGGGACUAAACGUUUUGACAGUGAGAAAGCUGGAGACAGGGAAGUCCAGAGGACCAUGCUGGAGCUCCUAAACCAGCUGGACGGUUUCCAGCCCAACAUGCAAGUCAAGGUCAUCGCAGCCACUAACAGGGUGGACAUCCUGGACCCUGCGCUGCUCCGUUCCGGUCGACUCGACCGUAAGAUCGAGUUCCCCAUGCCCAACGAGGAGGCGAGAGCUCGCAUCAUGCAGAUCCACUCCCGCAAGAUGAACGUGAGUCCUGAUGUGAACUACGAUGAGUUGGCCAGGUGUACAGAUGACUUCAACGGCGCUCAGUGCAAGGCCGUGUGUGUUGAGGCGGGUAUGAUCGCUCUGCGUCGAGGGGCGACUGAGCUGAACCAUGAAGACUACAUGGAGGGCAUUCUGGAGGUCCAGGCCAAGAAGAAAGCCAACCUGCAGUACUAUGCUUAAGUCCUGAGACACAGACACAUAGCGAAUAGAGAGACAGAAGAGCCUAGUGUCCCUGUGUGAGUGAGCGUGUGAGGUUGUGAGUCUGGCCCAAGCAUGUUCAUUAUUACAGUGUUUGGAUUCAGAGAAAUGUGAUUUUUUUUUUUUUUUUUUGUUCUUUCUUUCUUUUCUUUUUUUUUUUCUUUGAAUCUUAAACCAAUCUGACCUGAUAUCAGGUGUUCUAUCAUAGCACCACCUGGCUGUUUGGCUGACUCACUAGUAUGUAAGGUGACCUUUGUAAACUUUUUUUGUUUGUCAUAUAAUCCUGAAAGACAAUUAAAUGACAAUUUUCCAGUAAUGAC